AUGAAUCUUUUCAACCUGGACCGUUUUCGCUUUGAGAAAAGGAGUAAGAUUGAGGAAGCCCCCGAAGCAGCCCCACAGCCAUCCCAGCCUGGCCCUUCUUCACCAAUUUCUCUUAGUGCUGAAGAGGAGAAUGCUGAAGGGGAAGUUAGCAGGGCAGGCACUCCGGAUUCAGAUAUAACUGAAAAAACAGAAGAUUCUAGUCCAGAAACUCCAGAAAAUGAAAGAAAAACAAGUAUAUCAUAUUUCACGAAUCAAAGAGGAAUACAGUAUAUUGACUUGUCUUCUGAUAGUGAAGAUGUUGUUUCCCCAAAUUGCUCGAAUACAGUUCAAGAGGAGAAAUACAGCAAAGAUACAGUGAUUAUAGUUUCUGAGCCAUCUGAAGAUGAAGAUUCCCAAGGCCCUCCUACGAUGGCAGGUAGAAAUAAUGAUGAUAUUUCAGAAAUGGAAGACAUUUCAGAGUUGGAAGACCUUAAAGAUGCUAAACUUCAGACCUUGAAGGAACUUUUUCCACAAAGAAGUGACAACGAUUUACUUAAGUUGAUUGAAUCAACAAGCACCAUGGAUGGAGCAAUUGCUGCUGCCUUGCUGAUGUUUGGUGAUGCAGGUGGUGGACCAAGGAAAAGAAAAGUAUCUUCUUCUUCAGAGCCAUAUGAGGAUGAUGAAUUUAAUGAUGAUCAGUCUGUAAAGAAGAAAAGAUUAGAUCAUGAGUUAAGAGAAGUACUCAAAGAACAUGAAUGGAUGUACACAGAAGCUUUAGAAUCUUUAAAAGUGUUUGCAGAAGACCAAGAUAUACACUAUGCUUCACAAAGUGAGGUUCCAAAUGGAAAAGAAGUUUCCUCAAGGAAUCAAAACUAUCCUAAAAAUGCAGCUAAAACAAAACUGAAGCAGAAAUUUUCCAUGAAACCACAAAAUGGUUUUAACAAGAAACGUAAAAAAAAUGUUUUUAAUCCUAAGAGAGUUAUUGAAGACUCCGAAUAUGAUUCAGGUUCUGAUGUCGGUAGCUCACUUGAUGAGGACUAUAGUAGUGGUGAAGAAGUGAUGGAGGAUGGCUAUAAAGGUAAAAUUCUUCACUUCCUUCAGGAUGCUUCAAUUGGUGAACUUACUUUGAUUCCUCAGUGCUCUCAGAAAAAGGCUCAGAAGAUAACAGAACUCCGGCCCUUUAACAGUUGGGAAGCUCUGUUCACAAAGAUGUCCAAAACUAACGGAUUAUCAGAAGAUUUGAUAUGGAACUGUAAAACACUGAUCCAAGAAAGGGAUGUUGUUAUAAAGCUGAUGAACAAAUGUGAAGACAUUUCAAAUAAAUUGACAAAACAAGUUACCAUGCUUACUGGAAAUGGAGGUGGAUGGAACAUAGAACAACCCUCUAUUCUAAACCAAAGUUUGUCACUCAAGCCCUAUCAGAAGGUUGGUUUGAAUUGGCUGGCAUUGGUACAUAAACAUGGACUUAAUGGCAUUUUGGCAGAUGAAAUGGGCCUAGGAAAAACUAUUCAAGCUAUUGCAUUCCUGGCAUACCUCUAUCAGGAGGGUAACAAAGGUCCUCAUUUGAUUGUUGUUCCAGCAUCAACUAUAGAUAACUGGUUAAGGGAAGUUAAUUUAUGGUGCCCCACUUUAAACGUGCUAUGUUACUAUGGUUCUCAAGAAGAACGUAAACAAAUUAGAUACAACAUUCAUAGUCGAUAUGAAGAGUAUAAUGUAAUUGUGACCACGUAUAAUUGUGCAAUCAGCAGUUCUGAUGACCGUAGUUUGUUUCGACGGCUAAAACUUAAUUAUGCAAUUUUUGAUGAGGGCCAUAUGCUGAAGAAUAUGGGCUCCAUCCGCUACCAGCACCUUAUGACAAUUAAUGCAAAUAACCGUUUGCUGCUCACAGGCACACCUGUACAGAAUAAUCUGUUAGAACUCAUGUCUCUGUUGAAUUUUGUUAUGCCACACAUGUUUAGUAGUAGCACCAGUGAAAUACGAAGAAUGUUUUCUUCUAAGACAAAAUCAGCAGAUGAGCAAAGUAUAUAUGAAAAGGAGAGAAUAGCACAUGCAAAACAAAUUAUAAAGCCAUUUAUUCUCAGAAGAGUGAAAGAAGAGGUUCUCAAGCAGCUACCUCCCAAGAAAGACCAAAUUGAAUUGUGUGCAAUGUCAGAGAAGCAGGAGCAACUCUAUUUGGCUCUUUUCAACAGAUUGAAAAAAUCUAUCAAUAACAUGGAAAAAAACACAGAAAUGUGCAAUGUCAUGAUGCAGUUGAGAAAAAUGGCCAAUCAUCCUUUAUUACAUCGUCAAUAUUACACAGCUGAAAAACUCAAGGAAAUGUCUCAGCUUAUGCUAAAGGAACCUACACAUUGUGAGGCUAAUCCUGACCUGAUCUUUGAAGAUAUGGAAGUUAUGACAGACUUUGAACUGCAUGUACUUUGUAAACAGUAUCGGCACAUUAAUAACUUCCAGUUAGACAUGGAUCUGAUUUUAGAUUCUGGAAAAUUCCGAGUUUUAGGAUGCAUCUUGUCUGAAUUGAAACAAAAGGGCAAUAGAGUUGUGUUAUUUAGCCAGUUCACCAUGAUGCUGGAUAUUUUAGAGGUUCUCUUAAAACAUCAUCAGCACAGGUAUCUCAGAUUAGAUGGAAAGACUCAGAUUUCUGAAAGGAUUCAUCUAAUUGAUGAGUUUAAUACCGAUAUGGAUAUCUUUGUAUUUUUGCUGUCAACAAAAGCUGGUGGAUUAGGGAUAAAUCUGACCUCAGCAAAUGUUGUUAUACUUCAUGAUAUUGAUUGUAACCCUUACAACGACAAACAAGCAGAAGAUAGAUGCCAUAGGGUAGGCCAGACUAAGGAAGUACUAGUUAUAAAAUUAAUAAGCCAAGGAACGAUUGAAGAAUCCAUGCUGAAAAUUAACCAACAAAAACUGAAACUAGAACAAGAUAUGACCACAGUAGAUGAAGGAGAUGAAGGAACUAUGCCUGCAGAUAUAGCCACAUUAUUAAAAACUUCAAUGGGCCUGUGAAAUUGUGAAUUCCUAACAAUGAGGAAAUAUCAACUUGGUGCACUCAAGGACAUUUACAAUAUGAUGACCAUGGGGUUGUGAACAUUUAUAACUUUUUAUAAUUUCCAUAUUGCAUUUCUCAUAAUAUGGACAACUUUUUUGCCACUAACUGAAUUCUUCAGAUGCUCACACAUGAGAUUUCAAAAAAAGCCACAAAUGUGUAGUCCUUAAGAUGUUGAAUAAUCAUUUUACAAAGCAGUUUUCUGAAUGGGGAUUAGUUGGUGAUUGUUUGUAACAAAUACGCUAAUGCUUUAGAAAUGUCAGUAUUUUUGUAAUUAUUUCUACCUCCAAAUAUAUAUAUAUAUUGUCUUUCACUGGAUAAUGUGUGUAGAUUUUACAUGUGCCUUAUUUGACAAUGCUUAUGUCUUGUUUUUGCUUGUCUCAUUUGAAGUUCUUUUUGAUUAUGUGAGUUUAAAUAAGGCGGCUGUAUAGAUUAUAUCGCUUUAGUUUUAUUGCUAUUUGAAGCAGAUGUUCACCACUGUCAACAAGAACUCAAUCUGAAUUUAAAGGUGGCAAUCCAUAUACUAACAUCCCCCAGGUCCUUUCAAAUACUUCUGUUAAAAUAAAUUUGUUUGGCUAGGCACUAAGUUGUUUUCCAGUGAGUAGUUAACUAAAAAAGCCCUUAUCUUGCUCCAUGGUUUAAUUCCUUCUGUUCAUUUUCCAUCUGCACUUAUUGUGCUUAGUAGUCUGCCUAUUCUAUUAUUGUGCAUGUUUUCAUUGAUUUCUCUCUCCUGGCUUUUGCUUCUAUUAAAACUGUUGCCCAGUCACUUCUGCUCCAGUUCUCUCUAACUAAUAGCUUUUUCCUGUCACAUAUUCAUGCGUCAGCAUGGAUGUUGGUGACAUUUUUCUAGUUUGGCAGAACAGAUUAAAGCAAUUUCAUUUUGAAGUAGACUGUAUGUGACUUCAUAUUAAGACAGCAUUAGGUACUGCAUGGAAAUAGGUCAUUAACCUUAAACCCUUAUCAAAAUAUAAUUUCCAGUUUCCAGAAUUUCCAAUACAGGACCUCCUGAAGAGAGAGCCAUUGUUCAAUUCCAAUUCAGUGUGGGUGACAAAGUGAAAUUUAGAAGUAACGUUGUCUAUUUGAUAUUUAACUCCUUAUUAAGUCUUUCUUUAAAUUUUUGCCUGUCAGUCUAUAUUGCUGUUUUUUAUUAUACAUCAGUUUCUUUGUAUAACUUGUGAGUUUCAUGUGUUUUGUUUUUAUUAUGUAAAUAUCAUUAUAAAUAAACUUAUUUAUAAAUCAAA